CCCCUCACGGGAGUUCUUCUAACGGGACGGGGCAACGCUCGGGAGGUUUACACGGGAUCCAUCACCACCACCCCUCGCCCUCCAUCCACCAUCAUCCCCUCAUCCACCAUCACCCUCCACCAUCCCUCACCCAGACCCCUCACGUUCCAUCCAACAUCACCCCUCAUCCUCCACCAUCCAUCCACCAUCCCCCCCCACCUCCAUCGCUCACCCCCCCCCCCCAAAGGGCUCCAAGUUGUGAAUUGUUGUCAGGAGCGAUGUCAGCCGCCAUCACUACCUCGCGGUGAUGAUGGUGAUGAUGAUGGUGGUGAUGUCUCUGCGCUCCACUGCACCGUACGCGACUCUGCUGCUACUGCUGCUGCUCGCUGCUCGAGCCGCUGUUGGUGAUGGUGGUGAUGUUGUUGGCGAUGUUGGUGGCGACGGAGGGCAGCCGAGCACUGGAGCAGAUGAGCCAGGGGUUCGCGAAGCCAGGACCCCGACGCCCGGGGUCCCAGCGUGGACCCCUGAGCCCGGCACCCCAACGGGACCCCCCCCUCUAGGGCCUCUCACCGGGGCCACCACUGGGACCCCCCCUCUGUCGGCCACCACGAACUUUCAGACUCCGCAGCCAACAGGUGAUGAGGCGGUGGAUUUUGAACCGAGUGACGUCACGCCCGGCGCCCAGGCUCCGACCAAUCAGGAGACGGCAGGGCCUGCACAGACCACGCCCACUAGCGCACCUGUGACCCCACGUGACUCCGGGGGGACCCCGUCCCGGCAGGAGGUUGGAGAACGUGGGGUUGAAGAAAUCGGGAGGGAGGAGGAGGCUGCGGUUCCUGGGAGUGAGGGCACCGAGAGCCCUGAGAUGGAGGAGACUGGGGGCCCAGUGGGAGAGGCUGAGGGUCCUGGGAGGGACGGGACCGAGAGCCCUGAGAUGGAGGAGACUUUGGACCCAGUGAGAGACACUGGGGGUCCAGGGAGGGAGGAGGCUGGCGGCUCAGGGAGGGAAGAGACUGGGGACCUCGUAAGGGAGGAGGAGGCUGGGGAGGGGACCGAGGGCCCUGAGAGGGAGGAAACUGUGGACCCAGCGGGAGAGACUGGGGGCCCAGGGGGGGAGGAGGAGACUGGGGUUUCUGAGAGGGAGGACGCUGAGGGCCCUGGGAGCGAAGAGAAUAGGGGCCCAGCGGGAGACACUGUGGACCCAAGGAGGGAGGAGGAGACUGAGAGGGAGGAGGCUGGGGGCCCAGGGAGGGAGGAGACCGAGGACUCUGGGAGUGAAGAGAAUGGGGGCCCAGUGGGAGAGACUGUGGACCCAAGGAGGGAGGAGGAGACUGAGAGGGAGGAGGCAGGAGGCCCAGGGAGGGAGGGGACCGAGGGCCCAGGGAGGGAGGGGACCGAGGACUCUGGGAGGGAGGAGGAGGCUGGGGGCCCUGUAGAGGAGGAAGUGACUGGAGGCCCUGGGAGAGAGGAGACCGAGGGCCCAGGGAGGGAGGAGAAUAGGGUUCCUGGGAGGGAGGAGAAUGGGGUUCCAGGGAGGGAGGAGAAUGGGGUUUCUGGGAGGGAGGAGAAUGGGGUUCCAGGGAGGGAGGAGAAUGGGGUUCCUGGGAGGGAGGAGAAUGGGGUUUCUGGGAGGGAGGAGAAUGGGGUUUCUGGGAGGGAGGAGAAUGGGGUUCCUGGGAGGGAGGAAGAGGAGACUGAGAGGGAGGAGGCUGUGGGCCCUGGGAGGGAGGACGAGACUGGGGGGCCUGUGGAGGAGGAAGAAGAGACUGAGAGGGAGGAGACUGGGAGCCCUGUGGAGGAGGAAGAGACUGGAGGCCCUGUGAGAGAGACCGGGGACCCUAGUGGCCCUCACGGAGAGGUGCAGACUGGGGGCCUCAACAGGGAGGACGGGAUUGGGGCCCCUGGCAGGAAGGAGGCUGGGGGGCGUGCGGGGAAGGAAACUGGGGGCACGAGGGACCCUGCGGAGGAUGAGGAGGCGGGGGCCCCUGCAGGUGGAGAGGAUCCACGGGGGCCCCCCCUCCCCGCCCUGCUGGGGGCACUGGGCGUGGCGUGUGCACUGCUCCUGGCACUGGCGGCCGCGUGCGCCGCGUGGAGGAGGAGCGCGCGGAGAGCGAAGAGCGGGCGGCUCACCGAGGAGAUGCAGGGACCGCGCUUUGGUUGCCACGACAACCCGGCGAUGGACCCCCGUCCCGAGAUGCAGGAGCGGCCCCACAGCUGGAAUGGGGGGCCCGGGCCGGGGCUGCCCCCUCCACGAGGGGUCCCUCCGGGGGUGGCCAGACCCCCUUGGGCCCCCCAGCACACCUCACACCCCGGGGCUCCCAGCAAGAGAGAGCAACACGAGGAGGAGGACACGCACCUGUAGAGAAGCGACCUCACCUGGACACGCGAUAUCACCUGGACACGCAGCCUCACCUGGACACACUGCCUCACCUGGACAUGCUGCCGAACCUGAACACGCUGCCGAACCUGGACAAGCGAUCUCACCUGGACACGCAGCCUCACCUGAACACAAUGCCUCACCUGGACAAGUAACCUCAACUAGACAAGCGAUCUCACCUGGACAUGCUUCCUCACCUGGACACGCUGCCUCACCUGGACAAGUAACCUCAACUGGACAUGCUGCCUCACCUGGACACACUGCCUCACCUGGACAUGCUUCUUCACCUGGACAUGCUUCCUCACCUGGACACACUGCCUCACCUGGACACACUGCCUCACCUGGACAUGCUGCCUCACCUGGACAUGCUUCCUCACUGUGACACGCGAUCUCACCUGUUCACAUUCUCAACUGCACACAGGUUUACUCGCCCGCACACCACCUGGUCGCGUGAGACCCCAGGCAGGUGGUGGGAGGGUAGUGCCGUCACGUGCUUGUGUCUGCGAUUGCCUAUUAAAGGCGCCACUCGAGUACCAGAUUCCCCUUUCCCCUCCAAUUCGUUCUCCUCGCCUUGUCUCACCCCGGAUGAAGGAGGAGCCCGGAUCGAUAGCGCGUGUCCUGGUGGUGACGUCAGCGUCUGUCCAACUUGGCCCUGCCCCCCCAACUCCAAUCAAAAUCCUCAUCCCAAGCGUGAAUAAUCACUGAGGCCAACCCACCCCUAACCCGAAUCCCAGUUAUAACCCGAACCGCAACCCAAACCUUAGGCUUAAUCCCAACCUUAACCCAAACCCUAGCUUGAGACUUAACCCAAACCCGAAGCCUUACUCUAACCCCAAUCCUAACCUGAACCCUAAUCCCAACUGAACCCAAACCCUAAUCCUCGCCCUAAACGCGAAUCCGAAUCAAAACCCCAACUCUGACCCUAAAUCAUUCCUCAACUCCACCCCUGUGCCUGACCCUAUCCCCGAGCCUAAAUCAUGAUUUCGAGCUCCAUGCCGAGCCUAGAGACCUGAAUACCAUCUGACCCUACUAACCCUAUCCACGACCCCGAAUUCCCAACCUCCAUCCAACCCUAACCCGACUCUAACCCAGACCCCCCCCCCCCCUGAUGACCCCGGCACCCAAAGGUCACCGUGGCCCCCCGAGGAGGUGGGGGAGGGGGUCAGUGUGAAGUGGCUUCUCGCUGGGAGGGGAGCUCGCAAACGCGCGAUCAGUCGAGUCCACGUUCGUUCCACCGGGUCACUUUUUUUCUUCCCUUUCUAGCCCGACGUUUCGUGUCGGCACCUCGUGGCGUUGAAGGACGGCGUCGACGUUUCGUGGCGCGCCGACGAUUCGUGCUCUAGUCUGUUUGGGGGGGGGGGGGUUCUGUAUGUGUGUGUGUGUCUGUGUGUGUGUUUGUGUUUUUCGUGGAGUCCCCCACGCUGCGUCGAUGGCUGCACGCAAACGCCACUUGAACUUGCACGAAAUACACGCGACGUAGUAACGCACGAGUGAAUAUAACCUCGCAAACACACAAAAUGUCUCUAUGUGAAUAACGCUCGCGACAAGACGCGCGUGGACGUGACGCGUGUGUGUGUGUGUAAGUGCGCCGUGCUGCUCUUAAUAGGUGCUCGCUAACAAACAAAACACAAU